CUUGCUUCACUUGCGAAUUGGCUCACAAUGAACCGUCUUCGGAUGCUGAGCGGCUCGUCAGCCACCCGCAAUGCGGUGGCGCUGGCAGCGGCUGGAGCCUUUGGUCUCCUUGGUGGCGGCCUUUCGUCGCAGGCAGAGCUGUCAACUGCGCUAACUGACGCCGGCAAGGAGGCAGUAGUAAAGGACAAGAAGGGCGAGUGGUAUCCGAACACGACGACCAAGCACUGGCACUUCUACAAGGGCAAGAUGAACCCCAGCGCCGCCAAGUCCAUGAAGCUCUUCAAGGUGGCCGACACGCCCAUCGCAGACGAGAUCGCCAACUAUUUGGGCGUCGAACUCAACGAUAUGGAAGUCAAGAAUUUCAAUGACGGAGAGACCAGUAUCAUCGUCAAGGAAAAUGUACGCGGCAAACGCGUCUACAUCGUGAGCUCCACGACCACAGUGGAUCGUCUAAUGGAGUUGUUGCUGGCCAUCUCUGCUAUGCGUCGAGCCUCAGCCAAGAGCAUCACAGCUGUGAUCCCGUUCUACGGAUACGCGCGCAUGGAUCUCAUGCACAAGGGCCGCGAACCAAUCGCUGCUGCGGACAUUGCUCGUAUGCUGGAGACCAUGGGCGUGGACCACGUUGUGUCGGUAGACCUCCACAGUGCGCAGAUCGAGGGAUUCUUCAAGCCGCAGAUCCCGGUUGACAACCUCCAGGCCUUCCCUGUCGGUGCCGUGUACUUUUCGGAGCAGAGUGUCGGUGACCCGAUUGUUGUGGCUCCGCAUUCGGCUGCUGUAAACCGCGCGGUUAUAUUCAGGGACACUCUAUCGCGGACUCUUGACGAGUUUGUACCAUUGGCGUUCGUAAUCCGCAAGCAUCAGCUUGAUGAGGACCAACCUGGUGAGCUGGUGGGCGAUGUGAAGGGCAAAGACUGCAUCGUGGUGGACAACCUAGUGGACACUGGUUCGACGUUGGUGAAGACUGCCAAGGUGUUGAAGGCUAAUGGAGCCAAGACCGUCUCGGCUUUUGCUGUGCAUGCCCGUUAUUCCGCUCAGGCCAUGGAAACGCUGCAGAACUGCAAGGAGCUGGACAAACUAGUGACCACCAACACGAUCCCCGUACACCUGAGUGAGGUUUCACCCAAGAUCGUGACGCUGUCGGUGGCUCCCUUCAUCGCCGAGGUCAUUUCGUGCAUCCACACGAAGAGCUCCAUCAUCCAGGUAUCGAAGACCAAGUAGGGCAGUCGAAGCUGGACAGAGUGGGUUAGGUAGCGGCUUUUUAUUGGUCGGAAGUAAUUUCAUCCAAUUAGCAGCAACAACUGUCCAUUUUCUGUCCCAACAAACGUCAUUUCACAAUACGCUGAAGAGUU